UCCGUAUUUAAUAAAAACAUCAAAAAUAACCAGCCUUCCUCAAUUAUUACCGGAACUGGCCGGUCCUUCUGUGCCCUCGCAUCCCCAUGCCUUUGCUUUCAUCCCCGUCCAUUCACCAGCCACCGCUUACUUUCACUACUGCAACAAACCCACAAAGGGAGAGAGGAAAAAAAGGUGAGAAUCUCUCUUUUCUCUCUCUAUAUCUUCUCCUAUAUAUGUAAUCCUUCACCAUCUCUGUCUCUCUCUACGUCGUCGGAGGUGAUUGUCUGUCGGAUUCCUCCCACCUGCGCUAAAAACAUCACUCUUCCUCAAUCCCCCCUUCUCUCUAUCUCUUCAUCAACUGUUGCAAUUAAAAGACUGCUUUCUUUCAUCUUUUCAGCUGUUUUAGCUUCUGAGAGAAAGUGAUGGCUGAAGGAUUUGGGGCUUAUCAUGUCCCACAACAAACCAGAAGGGAUAAGCUCAGAGCCUUAGCUCAGAACCACCACCCCAGUGAUGGGUUAGCCCCUCUUUAUUACCCUCCUCCUGAUUUUCUUACCUGCGCCGCCCUCCAACGCCACCAACAGCUCGGGGUUGUUUCCGAUCACUUCAAGAAUGAUAAAGGCGCGACCUUUGACACGGGACCCGCCAAUUUCCAUGCCCCCAGUUUGUACAUGGAUCCCCAAUUACACAUAAAUCAAGAAAUGGGCAGAAACCCAUUUCUCUACGCCGCACAAAACCUCCGGGUUUUCGACGGCGAUUCUUUCCACGGCGGCGGAGGCGGCGGUGGGGAUGUUAGUGUUGUGUAUAAACGGCCUGCACCAGAGGCAUUGUCAGCAGGGGGGCAUGGGGGAGGGGGGUCCGGUCAAGGGUUAUCUUUGACUUUGUCGUCAUCACAUCAUCAUCAUCAGAAUCAGCGCGGUAAUCAAAGCAGUAGUAGUAGCCUGCGGCCUCUGGAGCUGAAUCUGCAAGGAUAUGACUCCACAAUGCAGACUUUGGUUUCUAGCAUUCAUGGAGGUGGGGGUGAUAGUGACUUAUCAAGGGCUACUGCACCUGCUUCUGGGGGGCCUUUCACGGGGUACGCCUCAAUCUUGAAGGGCUCCAGGUUCCUGAGGCCUGCACAGCAGUUGCUGGAAGAGGUCUGUGAUGUGGUCAGGGGUAGUACUGUCUUUGCAGAUGAUGAGGCUGCUGAGUCAGCUCUUUUGGACCAUCAUCAGCAUCCUCCCCCUCUUCCCUGUCUGCAGCAGGUUGAUGACUCUCAAAGUUGUAAUGAUGGAGUUGGUGAGCUCAGGAGGAAGAGUUCUAGGUUGGUUUCAAUGCUUGAUGAGGUAUGUAGGAGGUAUAAGCAGUACUACCAACAGCUGCAAGCGGUGGUUGCCUCUUUCGAGUCGGUUGCGGGAUUAAACAGUGCAGCGCCAUUUGCAAACUUUGCAUUGAAAGCCAUGUCAAAACACUUCAGAUGUUUGAAAGAGGCAAUUACUGAACAGCUACACUGUGCAGACAAAUCACAAGGCCAUAUGAAUUAUGGGGUAGAAGCUCCCCCAAGUGUGGAAAAUAUGGGGAAAAGGUUUUAUUUCCAAAGCCCAACCAUUCGUACUACGGGUUUGAUGGAACACCCACCCGUGUGGCGUCCCCAAAGAGGGUUGCCUGAACGUGCCGUGACUGUUCUCCGAGCUUGGCUGUUUGAUCAUUUUUUGCACCCUUAUCCCACAGAUACAGAUAAGCUAAUGUUGGCAAAACAGACAGGCCUCUCGAGAAAUCAGAGCAGUAAAAAUCUGUAGCCAUUUUCUCAUAGCAAUUGAUACAUGUGUGAUUGGGGUCAAAUAAUCAUGAAAUAGGUAUCAAAUUGGUUCAUCAAUGCAAGGGUUAGAUUAUGGAAGCCAAUGGUGGAAGAAAUUCACACUCUUGAAACUAGACAAGCGCAAAAGGAUUCACAAAAGAAGGAACAAAAUAACAAUAAUCAAAGUGAGCAUUCUUCCGUCAGGAACAAUUCCGUUGCCACAACAUGCGAAGAUCAUCAGCUCCCAUCAAAGCGAAUGAGGGAAGAAGAAGAAAACCACAACUCAUUGCAGGGAAGUGAUCAAGAGGUGGCAAUGGACCUCUCAUCAUAUGGAAAUAUGUCACACCACUCUCGGCUGGGUAUUGGCCCGACCACGACCCGCGGCGUCUCAUUGACGUUGGGCCUUCACCAAAACAACGAGCUUGGUCCAUCGACAGAUUCUUCUUUCCCCGUGAAUGCGGCUCAGCGGUUCGGUCUGGAUAUAGCAAGUACGGAAGGAUUUGUACUGUCCGGUUUCGAUGCACAUAAUACUCAGUUUGGAAGGGAUAUGAUUGGAUGAUGACAGGUUUUGCAUGGCAAAUGUGUGGUUUAUUUUGGUGAAAAAUGACCCACUGCUUGCUGUUUUGGGUCAGCCAGCAGAAAUUAAAGCAGGCUUAUGAGCUAUAGAUUUUUCAGCUCAUAUACCUACCCCACCCCAUAAUUAUGUCCAUUCGGAAUGAUUGCUUGCUUCUACAAAUUCAAUUAUUAUUACUACCUGUAUCAUUGCGGUGAUAUUGUUUUCAGCAACAAGGGCAACGUCACAAGGCCGCCCUUGGCGAGUAUGAAAUGGCUACCACAAAUAAACACUGACAUUAAGAU